AUGGCUGAUGAUAUGGGACUGGUUAAGACACUGAAGUGUGUCGCCCCUCGUGGACCUCUCUUGAAACAGGACCGGAAUCUCCUGAACAAGCUGAACUGCAAACGUAGAGCCUUCCUCUCCGGCACCCCUAUACAGAACGACCUGCUUGAUACUUCAGUCUAUCACUUUGUCAAAACGAGGAUGUUGGGGUCGAUAGCAGACUUCAGAGGAAGAUUGAGCGACUGUACGGUGAGUAAAACAACGGGAGCAACUCAAAACUGUGCUGGACUCUAUUUUAACGUCCUUAUUUCAGGUAAGCUGGCAGUGCUAGACUGUAUUUUAGCGUCCACCAAGUCCCGGACUGAUGAUAGGUUUGUCCUGGUAUCCAACUAUACCCAAACUCUAGACGUGUUCGAACAUCUGGCAAGACUCCGAGGGUACCAGUUUGUACGUCUGGACGGUUCAAUGACAGCUAAGAAGCGUAUGAAGAUAGUAGACAAGUUCAAUGACCCUGACAGUAAGGACUUCCUGUUCAUGUUGAGCAGCAAAGCAGGAGGGUGUGGUCUCAACCUGAUAGGAGCUAACAGACUGGUGAUGUUUGACCCUGACUGGAACCCAGCCAAUGAUGAGCAGGCUAUGGCACGGGUCUGGAGGGACGGACAGAAGAAACCUGUAUUUAUAUACAGACUGCUGACUACUGGAACUAUUGAGGAGAAGAUAUUUCAGAGACAGACUCAUAAGAAGAGUUUGAGCAGUGCGGUGGUGGACUGUGAAGAGAAUGUGGAGCGACACUUUUCUCUCUCGGAACUUAGGGAACUGUUCAACCUCAAGACAGAUACUCUCAGCGAUACUCACGAUAAACUGCAAUGUAAGAGGUGUAUUAACAAUAUCCAGACUAAAGCACCUCCUGAGGAAGCUGACACCACCUGCUCGGUGGCACAGUGGAAUCACACUACAAGUAAACACAAAAUAAAGGACUUUGCUUUACACUCAGCCUGGGAUACAGCCGUCUCCUUCGUCUUCUACCAGCGAUCUCACGAGAAAAACUGAUGUUUUAUUUUAUACGUUAAUUUAUAAAUUGUUGUUGAUAAUUAAUUGUAUUUUGUUGAGCCUUCAGUUGUUUGCCUCGUUAUUAGUAUGACUUAAAAUAUUUUAUCAAGUUGUUUUUAACAAUUAUUAAAUUCAUAGUUCAUACUGCUGACUAAAGAUAUUAAUUAUUAUCACUGACUUAAUAGAACCAAUCAACCAAUGUUAAAUGUCUUUUAUUUGUUGGCAUCAAAUUGUUUGAUGAACUUAUUCCGGAGUUACACCAUUAAUGAGUUCUAAACCAAAACAUUUGAUAUUAUUUAAUUGUAAAUAUUGACCUCAGAACUCAGAAGACUGAAUUUCAGAUGAAAUUUCGUUGAAUAACCUGGCAAUUAUUUGAAGUAAAAUCAUGUAUUUUGUAACAUUAAAAACGGAACAUAUUUU